AUGCAGGCCGUGUCUGGGCUGGGGUGCAGGCUCGCAGCAGCGGUGCGUGGCGUGGGUGCCGGUCUGGGCCCGUCGUCCCUCCUCGCCGCCGCUCGGCAGGGCGAAGCCGCCACCCAAGCCAUCGGCCAAGCGCCCUGCCGUUCCAUCGUGAGCGUCGAUGUGCGUGGCAACAACGUCGACGCUGCCUGGAGGACCGUGACCCGGAGGGUGAUGGACAACAAGAUGAACGUGGAGUGGAAGCGGCAGGCGGUGUACACCAAGCCCACGGAGAUGCGGAAGCUCGCCGCGGAGGAGACGGAGAAGCGGCUGAGGCGCCGGGCCUUCAAGGCCAAGCUGCGCUGGAUCUUUCGCCGAAAAGCCAGGUGA